AAGAGACUCCUGUGGUGAUUUAGUUCUCACAAAGUUGAGGAUUAUAAUGGCUUUAGAAACUCUUUCUUCCAAUGAGUUUUCCAACUUCAUUAUCUAUGACACUAUCUCUGCAACUCCAUUUAGCAGCCACGACUCUUCUGAGGCUAGUUUCUUAGAAAAUUUAGUGAACUAUCAGGAACAAGAACCUGCAUUUGAUAACUGUGCAAUGAGAACCCGAAAGCGCCAAAACAGCGAGCUAGAAACCAUUGGAAGGAAGCAGAAUGUGGUGGUGCAAGGUAGGAAGAAGAGGAGAAGGAAGCCAAGGGUAUGCAAAAACAAGGAAGAGGCUGAGACACAAAGAAUCACACACAUCACAGUCGAAAGAAACCGCAGAAAGCAGAUGAAUGAGCAUCUUGCUGUCCUUCGUUCACUCAUGCCCGAGUCUUACGUCCAAAGGGGUGACCAGGCUUCUAUAGUGGGUGGUGCCAUAGAGUUUGUGAAGGAGCUGGAGCACCUCUUGCAAUCACUUGAAGCUAGAAAGCUGCAACUUUUGCAGCAAGAAGUGGCACAAACCAAUGAAGAUACGGCCAUUUCCAAACUUAUGCAACCCCCUUUUGCACAAUUUUUUGUGUAUCCUCAGUACACAUGGUCCCAGGCUCCUAACAAAUACACAUCCAAGACCAAAGCUGCCAUAGCUGAUAUCGAGGUCACUUUAAUAGAGACCCAUGCAAAUCUUCGAAUCCUCACAAGGAGAAGUCCCGGCCAGCUAACGAAGUUGGUAUCUGGUUUUCAAACACUCUACCUCACCAUCUUACAUCUUAAUGUCACCACCAUAGACCCUUUGGUGUUCUAUUCCAUCAGUGCCAAGGUUGAAGAAGGAUUCCAACUUGGUUCUGUAGAUGGUAUUUCAACGGCAGUUCAUCAUUUGCUUGGAAGAAUUGAGGAAGAAGCUUCCCUUUGCUGUUGAUCUGUUUCAUCUGGGGGCACGAGAUUUUAGUGAAAUUACCAAAUCAACCCCCUAGCCGCCUAGAAAGAGAGGAAGAAUAUUUGGUGAUGGAUUGAGCUUUUGUUUUUGUUUGUUUGGCGCCCAACUAAUGUGUUAAUCAUGAUAAACUAUAGUUGCAGUAGAUUGUGUUUUGGUUGCUUCAAGUACAACUUGUUUGGGAACGGUUU